GACUUAGGGGGGAGAGAGAGAGAGAGAGUCAAUUUGUGAGGCUUGAAAGAGACUUGUAAUUUCGCUUCUUCUUCAAUGUGAAAAAUUGAAAUAACAAAAUGGAUGUAGCUCGAUACAGAGAGUGAAUCACUAUAAAUUUUGUGUUUGUGUGAGUAGUUAUAUUUAGUCCCUUCUUAGCUUUAUUUUCACCCUCAUAACUAGUUCACUCCUAUUCAACUUUUCUUUCUUCUUCUUGGCCGUUAUACCAAUGGAGUAUUCCAACGUGUUUGGAGGAUCAGGUGAAGAAUGUAACAGCUGUGAAUCUGGUUGGACCAUGUAUAUUGGCUCUGAUCAUGAGGAUAUUGAAGAUUAUCUUGAUAUUACUGAUGAUAAUGAUGAAACAGAUGAUGAUGAUGAUGAUGAUGAUGACAGUGAUGAUUCCCUGGCUUCUGAUGCAGCUUCUGGCCCAAGUUAUCCAUAUGGAAAUGGAGAGAGUGCUUCCCAUUUCAAGCAUGUUGAAAAAGUGGAGGAUGGUGGCUCAAGCAAGAAAGCUAAAAGACAAAGACAAAUGGAAAAACAAGAGGCUCAAAUGGGAAAAAAUCAUGAAGAGAAAAAAGAGCUUGCUUCUAAGAGAGCUUCUGGUCAAAGUGAUUCCAAGGUAAAGACAAAUAAUUUCUGGAUAGGCAAAACAAAAUAGAGCAUUUGUUUUCUUUUCCCCUCUCGUUUCUGGUCUUUUUCCUUUCAGCUUUGUAGAGGGGCUGAAACUGGAUGCAGUACUUGAUCAAAAAUAAUACCUUGGAAUCACCCAAAA